GGGGAUGGAUGCAAAUUGCAAUUCAACCUUCCGGUGAACAAUUGGGGCUCUCUGUAACUUCAUGCGAGAGCUUCACAGAUAUAGAUGCCAAAAUCUUACCAAGAACUGUGUUUUGCGAUGAUCCCAUGGUUGAAUAUAAUUAUGCCGUUUCAUUCAACCCAAAUGUGAUAAACAUCAUAAACUGUGGAGUGCAGGGGAUUUUUAUGGAGUGCAGGGGAUGUUCAAUGUUUCAAAAGUUCUGCAGCAACUUGCUCAAGGAGUGAACCCUGCAGUGUUCAAUUAUCAUGCCAAAAGAAAGUUUGUUUACCAUCGCCCACCACGUGUUAGACGAGUGUGUCUGAGCUGCUAACAUCUUCCUCCAGCUCCAUAAGCAUUGCAGUCGUAUUUUCAAGGUCCAGAGGCUCCUUUCCUCGACAGGUUACUCAGAAUGUUGAGGAUGGAAACUCUGGUUCUGAUUAAACGUCUGAACAGGCACGCUAGCUGUUCUUCCACAUCUUGAAUGAUGGCAACCUUCUCAAACUCGUUCGUAUCUGUUUCAUUUUGCCAUGACACACUUUUCUGAUGCAUCAUCUUGGAAACCAAAGACCACCCACUUGGCCUUGAUUGCACCUUUGACCCCACAAUAUAGGACAAUAAGGACUCAAAUGCGGCUACAGUGACAACUUCAACCUCAUUUAGCAUGCGAAAAAUGGCCACAGUUUGAUGGUCUUUGUCCAAGGCUAGAAGGCUUUCAAUGUUUCUGAUUCUCUUCAAAUCCUUUAGGGACUUUUGGAUCACCUUCUUCACUUUCUUUUGAGAGGACAAAUAUUCACCAAAAUCAUUUGCAUCCCGUCUUCUGCGCAGGAUUGAAAGAAGGUUUUGUACAUCUUGCUUUGUCUGUGAGAAGACAUCUUUAGCAAUGGCACACACAUCCAAGAGCCUGAGAUGCCCAGCCAAGGCUUCAUCAACCCACUUCUGGCUGUGCUCUUGAGCAAAUACUUGUUGAGUGUGUGGCAAUAGAAGCAAAUCAUCCACACAAUCAUAUAGCUCUUCAAGGCCGCUUAGUCUUUUGCUGAUGGAUGGCAAUGAUGAAGAUGUGGCUUCAGAAGCCUUGACUCUGCACAAACACUCAUCGAAUUGAGGAGUGAGCGGAUGAGAUCUAGAGGGAAAGCUAAUUGAGCGAGCAUGGAAACUGGUUUUUGAUCUCAAAGAAGAGGAAGCCAUCUUUGUUUCUUAUUACAAAUUAAGCUUAGCACUAGAAUGUAGCAAUUCUAUGUCAUGUUGAGUUUCUUUCCCUUGGUAUAAGCCCAAUAUAUAUGAUGGGGUGAAGGAGACACGAGGAAUCUCAUCAUUCAAAAAUUAAAUGAGUGCCAGCGUGAACUUGAUUUGGAUCUAACUGCUAUCUCGGCAAUGUUUAUGCAAUGUUCCCUCCCAGCAGUUGUAAUUGUUUUUUUCAGGAUUCUCAGUGCUGGUUUGUAUAACUUGGAAUCAAAGACCUGUACAUAGAGAAAUUCAUUCCUCCAAAGCUACGCUUUUUAUUUGCAUGAAUUUUGGAAACUAAGGUCUAUAACCAGAAAGAAGAAAGUUGAAAAUCGAAAUAUCAUCCUGUUAAACUCUAGAAUGUUGAGGAGGGAAACUCUGGUUCUGAUUAAACGUCUGAACAGGCACUCUAGUUUUUCUUCCGCAUCUUGAAUGAGUAGUUCUGCUGGUUUGUAUGACAUAGAAUCAAAGACAUGUAUAACUAGAGAUUCAUUCCUCAAAACAACAUGUUUUGUUUCCAUGAGUUUGGGAAACCAAGGAGAAGCUGCUUAGCUUUGGUAGUGUCCUCAGAGGGGAUAGAAAUGGCAACAAAUAUUGCAUGACAAUGGGAAUUACUGCUUCUACCUCUCAUGGCCUUAAUUGGUCUUUAAUGGGAGGAAAAAGAAAGUGCAGUUGCCUUUUCCUCGAGGUUAAUAUCUCCAACCACAUUUGACACCCCAGUUUCACCACAAUGUCAUCUGUGUGAAACUGACUGCAAUUCUUGUAUGUGUUCAUUUGCCUGGAACAGGACAUCCUUAGCAAAGCAACAGAUACAACCGACAGAGAUAUUCAUCCUAAUCCUUAUUAACCCAUUACUCAUUUUGUUCCUGUGCAUAGAGGAAACACUCUAUAUUAAAUGGAAAAAACUAGUUUUGAUAAAUUGUCAUAACUGAAAUCCAUAGAUUUUGGAACACCGAGCACACUGCUAUUGACAGAUGAUAGAGUUGAACAGCUAUGCACAUUAAGAACAGCAUUAUUGUGUUUAUUAGAAACGGCCUUAAAACUUCACAUCUGCCACCGAAAGUCUCCAAUCAUUCAGUCAUUCUGCAGUUUCUUUGCCGUGCUUGUAACCUCGCAGUGCCUUUCGCGAUUGAUGCCCUUAACAUGUUAAACUGCCAUUUAAACAUCCCAAGGAUAACAUCUGCUCAACUCUAGGUGAGUCAAACUUGAUUGUGAUUCGAAUUUGAACAUUAAUGUCCAACUAUGUCUGUUUAUUGUCUCCGCAACCUCAAACUUGCCACCCAAUAAUGUAGAUAUUUUUUUUUAUUUUCAGCUUGAUGAGGCAUAAAGUAUGUUAACUUGAUCAGAAUUUAUAUUUUAUCAUUUUAUAACAUGAUUCAUAUGUGAAUUAUGUGGUACACGAGUGGCAUUGACAAAUUGUCUCCUCUUAUACUACAGAGCAGGUCACCUUCUUCAUUUUUCUAUUUUUGAUGCUGCUGCUGCACUUGUUACAUUUAUUGUUAGAUAUAUAUCUUGCACACGAGGACUUAUUAAACUAUUGGAAUAAUUAGGACUGUAAAACUUCAUAUUUAGAAACGUUGUGAUUUUGCCACCACUCUUGGUAACUAGUAAGUAGUACUUAUUAGUUUGAGAACAAUGCCAAAGUUGUGAUUUAUUUUAACAUUUUCCUUAUCAAAUAUUGAAACGAAUAAUACUGAGUUGGGUGCAUGGUGGGAGGGAGACACUGCAUAAACAUAGCUGAUAUUGUAUUUAGAUCCAAAUAUGGAUCAUGUUGCCAUUUAUGAAUCUCAAAUUUCUUCGUGCUAAUAAUUAGUCAAGAACUAUAUAGAAAGUGUUUUCUCAGGCCAUUAAAAGAGCUGUCUCACACCCGCACGGAUGCAUAUUAAAAAAUAAAUAAAUAAAUAAGGGACAGAAGAGAGAGGAUGAUGCUGGCGAUUUCCCUUUAAGAGGAUGCACAAGCUCGAUGCUACUCGUGCGCGCACUUGCACAUUUAUUGAGAAGAAGAAAACAGAUUAGAAAGGAUGGGUCUGGCAUUUUGUAGUUAGAUGAGACAGGGUGUCAAUGCCACUCGUGCAUUGCAUAUUUUAUUCAUCGUUUCUGUAAUAUAUUAGGUAUAGUGUCAUUUGUUGUUAAGAUAUGCAUGUGAUCUUCUGUGUCAAAUAAACAAUUUGGUGGUGAGUUUGGAACCUACUGGGUGGGAACAUUGCGUAAACAUUGCCGAGGUAGUAGUUAGAUACAAAUCAUAAUCACGUUGCCAUUCAUUGAUUGUUUAAGAGGAUGAGAUUCCUUAUGUUUCCUUUACCUUAUGAUGAUACAUAUAUAUAUUGAGCUCGUGCAAAGGGAAAGGAACUCAAAACUUAGAUUGCUUUGUACAUUCUACUGUUAAGAGCCUAAUUUGUAGUAAGACACAAAGAUGGCUUCCUCUCCUUUGAGAUCAAAAACUCGUUUUCAUGCUCGCUCUGUUAGCUUUCCCUCUAGAUCUCAUCCGCUCAUUCCUCAAUUCGAUGAGCGUUUGUGCAGAGUCAAGGCUUCUGAAGCCACAUCUUCAUCAUUGCCAUCCAUCAGCAACAGACUAAGUGGUCUUGAAGAGUUGUAUGAUUGUGUGGAUGCUUGGCUUCUAUUGCCACAGACUCAACAAGUGUUUGCCCAAGAGCGCAACCAGAAAUGGGUGGAUGAAGCCUUGGCUGGGCAUCUCAGGCUGUUGGAUGUGUGCGCCAUUGCUAAAGAUGUCUUCUCACAGACAAAGCAAGAUGUACAACAACUACUUUCAAUCCUGCGCAGAAGACGAGAUGCAAAUGAGUUUGGUGAAUAUUUGAGCUCUCAAAAGAAAGUGAAGAAGGUGAUCCAGAAGUCCUUAAAGGAUUUGGAGAAAAUCAGAAACAAUGAAAGCCUUCUAGCCUUGGACAAAGACCAUCAAACUGUGGCAAUUGUUAGCAUGUUAACAGAGGUUGAAGCUGUCACAGUAACUGCGUUUGAGUCCUUAUUGUCCUCUAUUGUCGGGUCAAAGGUGCAAUCAAGGCCAAGCGGGUGGUCUUUGGUUUCCAAGCUGAUGCAUCAGAAAAGUGUGUCACAACAAGAUGAAACAGAUAUGAACGAGUUUGAGAAGGUCGCCGCUGCAUUGCGCUCACUCACGGGUCACAAGACGAGCAAAUCUGACUAUGAAAAUUUGCAAAAUCAGUUGAGGAAGAUGGAGUCACUCAUUCAAGAUGCGGAGGAACAGCUAGAGUGUCUGUUCAGACGUCUAAUCAGAACCAGAGUUUCCCUCCUCAACAUUCUGAGCCAGUAGUAGAAAGUUUUUUAGUUGUCGACACUUGUACAUGCAAAUAUACUUGUAGUUGUCAUUUGAUUAUAAAUCAAUAUACCGGUGGAUGGUUCUUGCUGCUAUAUUUACUCUUUUCCACAUU